AUGAUGCAGGUGACGGACAUGCACUGCCACUAUCAUGUGGAGGGUGCGAUUGCAAGUGGGUUGGAGAAGGUACUUCCGGGGCCGAGAGCCGUGGUUCUGGGGACUCAACCCGAGGACUGGAAUGCCUUGGCUGCUUGGGUCCAAGCCUUGCCGGACACCAUUGUUCCGGGCUUUGGGCUCCACCCUUGGAACGUGCACCGGUGUUGCCCAGAUGAGGACCCAGACUGUCUGGACGCCAUCCUGGAUAGCUUGGAGCGCUGCCUCCACCGCUAUCCACAAGCUUGGGUGGGCGAGAUUGGCCUCGAUAACCGCGUGGCCAAGCAGCAACCCGACCGCCCCGCUGCCCGUGCACGCCAACGACUGGUUUUUGCCCGACAGCUCGUCCUGGCUCAUCGCCUCCAGCGACCCGUCAGCCUUCAUAAUCUUCAUGCAGCUGGUCCCCUUGUUGAGGUUCUUUUAGAACAGCAAGGCGCCUUGCCUCCUGGCAUUGUGCUCCACUCAUUUUCUGGCUCACCGGAGACGGCUCAGCGUCUCGUGGCUUUGGCUCGCGAAGCUGGGGUCCACAUUGCUUUUGGCUUUUCUCGAGCCGUCAACGCCCGGAGCGACCAGUGGCAACACGUGGCUCGCGCCGUAGGUCUCGAUGCUCUUGUAGUCGAGUCGGAUCGAUUGACUCCAGCGCAUGCAGCCGACGACUUGACGUGGAUGGUGCAGGCCUUGGCUGAUCUCUUUGACCUGACCGUCGACGACACGCUACAACGCCUCGAAGCCACUGCCAGCCUAUUCUUGGCAUUGACCUCCCCGACGCACUCUUGA